ACACCGUUCUCCCUCUCAUUGCACCGACUAAUGUGCCCACUGCCCACAUGCCAAUCUCUCUCUCUACCCUUUUCAAAACGGCAAAGCCCAACCCUUUCGCUCUCUCUCUCUCUCUUUCUUCCCCUAUAAAUCCCCCUCCACUUCCUCUUAUUUUUUUAAUUCACAAAAAGCCUCCCAUUUUCCUCUCCCUUCCAAAACAACCAAAGCCCAGUUCUUGACCUCUCCUGUUUGAUAUCCCAACAAUGGCAGCAUCAAAAUUCUCUUUUGCUUUAAUCUUUGCUGUUCUCUCAAUCUGGGCUGUUGAUGCUGCCCACCACCAUGCGUCGGCGCCAGCACCUUCUUCCUCUGUGGACUGCUCGUCUCUGAUCUUGAACACGGCGGAUUGUUUGUCGUUUGUGUCGAGUGGGAGUCAGGUGUCCAAGCCAGAAGGAACAUGUUGUUCUGGCUUGAAAACUGUGCUCAGAGCAGACCCCGAGUGUUUGUGUGAGGCUUUUAAGAGCAGUGCUUCUCUGGGUGUUACACUGAAUGUCACCAAGGCCUUGACUUUGCCCACUGUCUGCAAAGUCUCUUCUCCUUCUGCUACUACCUGCGCAAUAUCUCUCACUCCUGCUGGUGCGCCAGGUGUGCAACCAUCAACAACAGCAGGUGCGCCCACAACAUUCUUGGGAGGAAAUGAGGUAGCACCGGCACCAGCUCCUGGUAGCUCAGGCUCUCCAGUGCUUUCUGUUUCUAUCGGAUCUCUUGUAGUGGGCCUUAUAAUUAUGUUAGUCUCUGGCUACUAAGUUAAAAUUUUACUGAUUAUUUGAGCGGAGGUAGAGGUAUCAAUAUGAGAGACCAUUUUGAUGUUAUGAUCAGUUCUUGGGGAUUAUCCCCUGGUGUUAAUUAGUUUUCCUUUGUUUUGAUGUGUGGCUGGAGUAGAUAAUAUUCAUUUUGUGGGUUACUUGAAACUCUGUUUGAUCUUUGGACCAUCCUCUUGAUAUAUUAGUAUUAUAUAUAGUUGUCGUAUUACUCUAAUUUUCUAUGCUGAAUUGGGAGUGUUGAAUAGUGGAUGAGAACCUGGAAAGGCAUUCACCAUAUACUUCUGUCAUAUGAACUCUUUGGGUGUUUAGAAGGCACUGCAGCCUCAGGAUGUCACUUUCCAUACGCGAGUUUCCUACAGGUCUUGCCUGCCUGUUUGUCUACGGCAUGCGUGAACCUUCCAUCGUAAGAAAAAAAAAAAAGGGCUUUGUUGGUUUUGGUCCGUUUGAACGUAUUCUUACGUUGUGAAAAGAUUGUCAUUUCUCAACCUUUUGGCCAAAAAUCAAGGGAUAUUGUGAGAAGUUGGCAGCCGAGAGAAUACCCGUUUUACAUUGAGAACGUCAAUUGUUUAUUCAAUUUACGCCAUUGAUCGAGG